UUGUUUCCAUUUUUAAACUCUUCGUCUUUCAGUCACGAAAAAAGUAGUGGGGAAGGAUUUACUUGCUUCAAGGCAUGUUACGAACCACAGCAAAAAACUCAAUCGAAACCCUAAACUAAAUGAGUUGCAGGUGAUCCAGAAAGCUGAAGUUCGAGGAUCUCUGCUUGCCGAUCUACCAGUUGCUCCUUUCGAGAGCUCUUUCUAUGGGAUAACUAAGUUAUAUCAUGGCGGACUUACCUGGUUAUGUGGUUCAUUGCUUGCACUCUGGGAAACUUGCUAUUUUAGCAAUUUUGGUCUCUGCAGGAAUUGUAUUGCAAAUUCUGGCAUGUGCCUUAUAUAAUAACUGGUGGCCAAUGUUAACAGUAUUAACAUAUGUACUUCUUCCCAUACCUCUGAUAUUUUUUGCUGGGUCUGAUACCUCCUCUCUCUUAUCUGAAACUGGGAAUAGUUGGGUAGAUGCUACCAAGUUCUUGACAGGAGCCUCUGUAGUUGGAUGCAUUGCAAUACCAUCUAUCCUAAAGCAUGCAGAUGUUAUUGGUUGGGGAGCACUUGCAUUGGAGCUAUCAUCCUUUCUUAUCUUCGUGAUUGCCAUAAUCAGUUACAUUCGAAUUAACACUGAAGAUGAGUACAGCAUGUUCUGAGGAACGAUUCAUUAUGGACCCCAACUUUAUAUCUAUAGUUGCACAUGUUGAUUAUAAAACAUUAGCCUUUCCUUUUCAUUUAUUUGUAUCGGUGUUUGCUUAAUCCUUUGUGCUCCACGGAGGUCAAAGAAAAUUAUGCACUUGAUCGAAUGAAAUCUGUUGUCCAUUCUUCUUA